UUCAGACCCACACAGUGCUUGUUCGUCAGAGAAGACGCUCUUCUGAGGUCACUGGGCCCCGGGGGCGAGACUGCACCGUCGGUAUAUAAUCUUCCCGGCUCGGUGGAUGAGACCAGCGCACUGAAAUCAGAAACGAGACAAAACAAACAUACACUCAACAAACAAUCAUGGUGAAGAUCACUUUCCAGCCAGUUUCGGCGCAGAAGCCUGAAAAAGAGAGCGAUGGAGACAAGAUCAUUAUAUCUCAGGCUCAUGAGCAGCUGGUUCUUCCUGUCAGGUCCAAGAAGCCGUUUCCAACUGGCCUGUGCUGCCUUACCUUUGGUCUGGUGGUUUUCAUGUCAGGACUAGUGUUGGCCUCUGUCUACAUCUAUCGCUACUACUUUAUACCUCAGCAGAUCCCAGAGGACAGCUUGUUCCACUGUCGGGUUGUCUAUGAGGACUCUGUGUACGCUCCUCUAAGGGGGCGGCAAGAACUCGAGGAGAAUGUUGGCAUCUACCUUGACGAUAACUACGAACAGAUCAGCGUACCUGUGCCACACUUUGGAGGCAGUGACCCCGCUGAUAUCAUCCACGACUUCCAGAGGGGCCUCACAGCUUAUCACGACAUUGCUUUGGACAAAUGCUACAUCACCGAGCUGAACACGACCUUGGUGAUGCCUCCACGUAACCUGUGGGAGUUGCUCGUCAACGUCAAGAGAGGGACGUACCUUCCUCAGACUUACAUCAUCCAGGAGGAGAUGGUGGUGACAGGGAGAGUGAGGAACAUGAGGCAGCUGGGCCCAUUCAUCCACAGGCUCUGCUAUGGCAAAGAAACUUACCGCCUCAGACGCCGCAACCAGCGCAGACGUAUUGAGAGGCGUGAGACAAAGAAGUGCCACAGCAUUCGUCACUUCGAGAACACUUUUGUGGUUGAGACCGUCAUCUGCGACAGAGUCUAAAUCUGAGGCGGAAAUCACAGCCAUCCAACACUGAAGCCAAUUUCAAACCAUACCUCUUGAAUUAUUUAGGCUUUUAACUGCACUUUAAGAGCAAGUAUUUGUCCAAAAGUUUCAAUUUCAGUUUUAAUGUCUGUUUUUUCAUUUUCUUUGUUUUUUGUUUUUUGUGGUUUUUUGUCUGAAGUUGGAAUAUUCUUUUAUUGUUCCGGUGUGAUGUUAAUGUCUUUUUUAUUCAGAUAGUCUGUAUAUUUGGAUGAUGUUAUAAAUGUGUUUGGAUAUCUCUGUAGCUUGUCAUGUGCAAAAGAAGUUAAUGUUUCUGUGUGUCAGUUUGUGACAUUUUCAUCAGAGGACUUGAUUUUAUUUUAGACUUGUCCUUAUUGUUAUUCAGUACCACAGUGCACCAUGGGUGAUGGUACAGAUAAUUGGACGCUGCUUGCACUGUGCACUUGUGUGAAUUAUUUGUUUCUUGGUUUUUAUUUUAUUUUGUUAAAAUGUCAGAAAAUGGCAAAACAUACCUCAUGUAGUUUAGAUGUUUAUUUGCUGGUUUUUAUCAUUAAUGAAUGGUGUACAUAACUUUGAUUGUUCCUAAGCAAUAUAUACUGUAAAUUGAUUUUCUUCUGGAUUUCAUAUUGUUACAUGCAUAGAUUUAUAUCUGAAAUCAACUCGGUUUGUGAAUGAUCAUUUCUUUAUGGUUUGUCUCUAAAUUUUCUUUGGCAUCACACCUUCCUGCUCCUUGGAUAUAAAUGGCUUUGACUGUAAUUAGUAGCAGUGCUUUAGAGGGACAAAAGGAACCAAAGUCUGCAGUCAGCGAUGCUAUGCUUAGUGUUAAGGGUAUAUGAAAUAAUUAGAAAGAAUGCUUUAUAGUCUAGAUCACUUACUGUAGAUGAUAUCAAAGGCUAAAACUCUCUUCCUCCUCUUCACUUGGAUUUGCCUGUUGUCUUCAGCUCUUGCCAGCUCCCAAUCCUUCCUAUCUUGCCAUUAUUAUCUCUACGAUGUUGAUUCGUCCCAACUUAAAAAAAAUUUGGGAUGUCUUUCUAAAUCAAAAUCAGUCUCUGUUGAGAGAGACCUGUGAUAUGUGCUCAUAUUUCAUCGUCUUGGAUACCUUAUUUUGCUGUACAGUCGAUUUUUCUUGUAAUAUCUUGCUGCUUUAAGAAUAAACGAUCAAACUUU